AUAAAAAUUCAGAAUGAAGUAUAUAUAACUCUCCAAGAUCUCAAAUCAAAAACACACUUCCGUCUUUUCUGUCUCUUUUAGCCUUUUUUCUUCACAUUUCCUUAUCAUAAGCAAUACAGCCAUGGCAAGGAUCUCUCUGUUUUUAUCUUUAGCCUUCACUCUCUCCCUUGGAUUAUUGUUCCUUACCGUUUCCAGUCACACACCUCCGGUACCAUUAUUUCCAAAAACUGUAUCCGAACUCCAAACCUUACCUUUUGCCAAAAUCACUGAGAUCUUAAACCAUAAAGAAAAGUUUUCCCCAAAAACCGCCAAAAUUAAGGCAAUGUUCACAAUGUGCAAAGGCUAUGUUGAGUACCUUGAGAGCCUCUACAAAUCUGAGAAUCCCAUCGUAGAUGUUUUAGGUAUUGCCAAGACAAAAUAUGCCCUAACAACCAAAGCGAUUCUUGCGGUGCAAGCUAGUAUUAUCGGUAAAGUCGACAAGAAAAAUUCCUUCAAGCUAAUGAAAAGCUGUGCUGGUUUUACAAAAGGGCUUCUUCAUGUUCAAAAGGCGAUCCUAAAGAUCUCAGCCAAACAUAAUUACAAGGCUGAUGCUAACAUCAACUUUCGAGAAUCGAAAAAGAUCGGUGAUGCUAUGCUAUAUUUCAGGAAUUCGAUCAAUGAUUUCAUGGAUGUAGUUAACGAUUUUGAGGAGAAGAAGAUGAAGAAAGUUGUUCAACAUGCAAGAGCACUUGAAGGAAGAGCAAUUUAUCACGGAAGAGAAUUAAUCGAAGAACAAGCAGAGAACAAAACAACUGAAAAAGUCACCGGUUCGGACCAAAGUAAGUAUGACAAGUAUUCCCAGUUCUUUGGUUCUUUUUUCGAAGGUAAGCAACACGGAAGAGAGUUAACCGAAGCUCAGGCCGAUGGAAAAUUCAACAACUUGUAUGAGGAGUUUGCUAAAUAUAUGCCUUACCUCGGAGAUAAAGCUCACAAAAGAAAACUACUAGAAGAUCAAGCAGGAGUCAAUGCCGGAGCUCAGGGCAGUGGAGAAUUUAAAGGUUCAUUCGAAGAUUUCUUCAACUUCAUUGGUGGUGAAAAAGUUCAAAGGGAUUCCGCUGGGAAGAUGAAAGUCGCCGGAAAGAUGGAUUCAGGUCACUGAACCGGGCACAUUAGAAACUAUUUGUUUCGAAAGAGGCAUAUCAUCACAAGUCAUAUGAAGGAAGCACGGAGUUCAUCUAUAUUUAAUUUUUUGUACUUCUAUAUUAACAACAUGAGAGAAGGAAAGUUGCCAUAAUAUAUUUAUCUAAUAUGAAACAAAAUUAAAUUUGCAUCAAUAUUCUGAAUCAUACUAUUUUAUUAUUAAGUGAAAAUGUUAUGAUUUAGUGGUUGAAAAAUGUGAUUCGGCAAA